AUGGCACCUGGUAGUCACACCACUCGAUCUACUGCUCAAAGUCAACAAGUUGAACCAGUCAUUGAUCCUCCUGCUCCACCUUCACAAGUUGUUCGCACUACUCGGUCGAGUAUAGAGAAUCAACGAGUUGAACCAGUCAUUGAUCCUCCUGCUCCACCUACACAGGUUAUUCGCACUACUCGAUCGAAACAAACAUCUUCCUUUAAGCCACAUGGAGUUACUCGUGGCUUGACAACUACAACUAUAGCUAAGGCAUCAUCAACUGGAAAGUUGUCAGUGACUUUUAAUGCGGAGUGUCGUCAACCAAUUUUUACUAAUGCUGAGAAAUUUAAUAAUGAGAUUGGAUUCAUUAUUCGGAAUCAUGGUACAUUUCAUUAUAAAGAGUGGAGAAUGGUCCCUGAAGAUGUGAGAGCUCCAUUGCGACACUAUCUUUUGGAACAUUUUGACAUCAACUUGAAUGAUGAGACAACUAAAAAAUGCAUUGAUGAGCAAAUGAGGAAAGCUUGGAAGGGUCAUAAGUACAAGCUGCACUUAUAUUUCAAAGAAAUUGGAGGAGAAAAUGAUCUUGAGAUGGCCAAGAGCAAACGUCAUCCAGACUUAAAAGAAGAACACCAAGAAGAUUGGAUGAUUUUGUGUGAUCGUUGGUGUUCUUCUGAAUUUAAGGAAAGAGCAUUAAAGAAUACUACCAAUCGAUCAAAGGGGAAAUGGGAGUCGAAAAAUGGUUUAGUCUCCACACCAUGA